AUGGCGGACGAUUUAGAUUUAGACUUUUUGAUUUCACUAGUGGAAGCACGUCCCGUUCUCUGGGACAAGUCAAAGGAGGAUUAUAAGAAUAAAAAUUUAAAAACAGAAGGGUGGAAAGAUGUCUGCCUAAAUAUUUUUCCAUCAUUCGACAGCAUGGACAAUAAAGAAAAAACGAAACUCGGUAAUGACGUCAUAAAAAAAUGGACUAACAUUAAGGAUAAUUUUUUCAAAUAUACAAAGAAGGUAGAACUUUCAAAGAAAUCUGGAGCUGGUGCUAAACGUAUAAAAGAAUAUCAUUUGUAUAGACAACUCAUGUUUUUACAAAAAAAUGCACCAAAUUUAACUGAAGAUAGUAUAGAAGAAGAAUCUCAAACUCCGAACACAAGGUCAAGAUAUCAACCCUACAGAAAAACUACGCUAAAACGAAAACCAAGUUGCGAUGAAUUUGAGAAGCAAAUCGUCGAAACUUUAGCUGCUUCUGAAAAUCGACACCUGUCAUUUUUUAAAGCCAUUUUACCGUCUCUCAACAAGUUAAAUGACCACCAGACCUUGCUAUUUCAAAGCGGGGUUUUAAAGAUUUUAACAGAUUUCCAUCAAUCACCAUUCCAGUCAUAUAGCGGGUACCAGACAGCAACAUCUUACGACGCUAACUAUAACCAAACUGCCCAACAACCACAAGCUACAAUGUCUUAUGAAACUAACUAUCAAACAGCUUGUAAUUCAUCAAACCCAAUUAGUAUAAAUCGUCGCGAAACAUCACCAGUCUCAACUUUGGAAGACAUCAUGUCUAAUACCACAGAUACACUGGAAUCCGAAUACGAUUUUUCUUAAAUCAUAAUAAAUACGAAAAAGAUUACAUUAUUA